AUGUCUGAUCAAAAAGUUUUUGCCAGAUAUAAAGCAAAUGAAAUCGUCACAGAUCUGCAACAUUUUGGAGUAAAAAAGUUCAAAUCAAAUACAACAAGAAGGAAAAAUGCUUUGAGAAAAAUCAUCGCAAAUUUGGUGCUGGGAAAUUAUGGCGAAAUGUCCCUUUUAUUUUCUGAACUUUUAAAAUUUUGGCAAAUUGAAGACGAUUUAGAAGUGAAAAGAAUUUGCCAUGAGUAUAUAAGAGUGAUAGGCGCAUUGAAACCCCAACAGGCCAGAGAGGCAUUGCCCUUCAUAAUGGAUGAUUUCAAAAGCAGAGAUGAAAGGUUACAAAUGAUGGCACUAAGAACUUUAGUGUUAGUUCCAGUGAGAGAGCUUUCUGAUCAGGCUUUCGACUGUAUCAUUUCAUUGGUUAAUCAUAAGUCUCCACCUGAAAAAGUGACGAGGACUGCAAUUUACGCACUACUUGAUUUGGAUGAAAUAGAUCAUGAAAGGGUUUUGGGGUUAUCAAGCAUUCUACACGAGGUUAUCAAAUCACAUUCAAGUCCUCCAGAAGUCAUUGUAGCUGCAUUGCAUACUUUAUAUUCCAUUCACGAAAAAAACGCUAACAUGGAACCCUUCAGAAUUUCUUUGGAACUCGCCUUUAACAUGCUGGAACUUUUACCUGAACUAAAUGAAUGGAAUAAGGCUACCGUUUUGGAAAUUUUAACAACUUCGGUUGUGCCGCAACAUUAUUUGGAUACUCAUGAAAUGGUUGAACUGGCUUUACCAUACCUGCAACAAGUAAACACAUACGUAGUGUUGAACUCUUUAAAAUUCAUCAUGUACUUGUUGAAUUAUGUUGACGUCAUCAAAGAAACUCUAGCCGAAAAGCUAUCUAAUUCUGUAAUAGCUUUACUAGAUAAGCCGCCAGAAUUGCAGUUUUUAGUAUUGAGAAACGUUAUUCUUCUUCUAUUGAGCAGGGAGUCAUCUCUACUCAGGUUAGACAUUUCAUAUUUUUUCAUCGAGUACAAUGAUCCCAUAUAUAUCAAAGACACGAAAUUAGAGUGUUUAUAUCUUUUAGCCAACAAAGAAACUUUACCAAGAAUUCUAGAAGAGUUGGAACAAUAUGCUACAGACAUAGAUAUUCAAAUGUCAAGAAAAUCAGUCAGAGCUAUUGGUAAUCUGGCUGUUAAACUAGAUGAAGAUUCUGUGCACGAUUGCGUCGCUGUUCUUCUAGAUUUGUUAGAAUUUGGCGUUGAUUAUGUCGUCCAGGAAAUUAUCUCUGUUUUCAGAAACAUCCUGAGGAAAUAUCCUAAUAAUUUUAAGGCAAAUGUAACAGAAUUAGUCAAACAUACCGAAGUUGUACAGGAACCCGAAUCAAAAAACGCUAUGAUUUGGAUAAUUACGCAAUAUUCAGAGGUGAUCCCAAAUUACUUGGAAUUAUUCAAAGUUUUUUCCUCAAACAUGUUUAGUGAGACGCUAGAGGUGCAAUUUUCUAUUCUGAACUCAGCAAUAAAAUUUUUCAUUAGAUGCCCUACAAAGGAAACUGAAGAACUUUGUAUGGAUUUACUGAAAGGCUGUGCUGAUCACGCAAAUAAUCCUGAUUUAAGAGAUAAAACGUUUAUGUAUUGGAGGUUGCUGUCAUUAACAAAAACGUCUCGUUUAUCGAACGCCCUAACUUUUGAAUCCUUAAAAUCAGUACUAGAUGGAGAAUUGCCACUAAUAGAAAUGAACACAAAAUUAGAUCCCACUGUUUUGGAGGAACUGGAGCUGAACAUUGGUACAAUAGUGUCGAUUUACUUAAAACCCGUUUCCCAUAUUUUUAGAUUGAAUAAAACCAAAUUGUUGCCACAAAGUCCUAUUCUAAAUUCAAACAAGGUUCUCUUGCCGGUUGUGAGUAACUCAUUCCCACCAACUGGAGCUAAUAGGGACCGUCAAAAUUCAGAAAGUCAGUCUUCAACGAAGUCCAGGAAAACUGCUAUGAUGGAUGAUUAUGAUAGGCCCGCUGAAAAAAUUAAUCAGUUGAAGGGUAAACGUAAGUCUAGUUCAAACAAUCCCUCAAAAUUAUCACGGAAACCCUCAACCCUAUUAAGAAAGCUCUCCAUGAAGCGGCCGUUCUCGUGA